CUCGCGGUGUGGUCUUCGGCGCGCACUCAAGACUGGCGACGACGUGCUGACAUCGUCCCGCUCCGGAGGAUACCUUUCGAGGACGCGCCAGUUACGGGAUGCUUCGAGCGAGGAGUGGCCGACAGCACCUGGUGCUGUCCUUGCUGAUUCUCGCCUUAGUGGCGGGAAACGUACACGGCUGGGCCACGCUGAAGAAGAUUCUCAUGGCGCGAUUACUUAGCGGGCCUCGAGUGAUUGCCGUACCUAUUCCCGUACCCACGGGUCACCACCACCACCCACCUCCGAGGCCACCGCCGCACUAUCACCACCACCACUUGCCGCCGCCACCACCGCCGCCAGCCCCACCAAUGCUCCCAGUAGCUUUGCCCAUUCACCAUUACCACUACCCACCGACGAACGUAUGGGACACGCCCAUUCCCAAGUCUCCAGGCGUCACCGAAAUCACCGAUCUCUCCCACCUGCACGCCCUGUUCGACGCACCCGCAGAGCCACCAGCAAAGCUGACCCAAGAGCACGCGAGUGGUGUCGACGUCAUAGACUUCAGUGCGGCCGCCGAAGCCUUAGCUUCGGCCAGUGCCGACAAGUCUUCCAAGGCGUCAUCGACUCAGAGCUUGCCGACAUAUUCGGAGCGCGUGGCGACCAAGCGUCCCAGCUAUAACCCUUACAGAAGCACGACCUACUACUCGGCUGAGACUCCCAACAAGUACUACACUUCCUCCGCUUCUUCUCCUUACGCGAGCAAGUCCUACGCGACCAUCGACUACGAUAGUUAUGCUACCAAAGCGCUGUCCAAAUCUACUCGUUAUCCUUACGGACCGAGAUACCUGGAUGAGGCCGACUACCCUGCUAACAUGGCCGCCUUGAGACAAUUCAUGAAGGACCAUCACAUAAAGUCCCUAGAUCCCACGUGGAGUCGACAACCAACGUCUUACCCUCAGACAGAGUCCUCAAAGUGGCCCUCCGUGGAGGCAUCGUCAUUGAGUAAAGCAGCAGCCGACUACACCACGUCUCCACACAGGGGCUACGGCUGGAUGCCGUACCCGACGCAUUCCUACAACAAAGCCUAUCCUACGCAUUCGUACGACAAAGUGUAUCCAACGCAUUAUUAUGACAAGUCAUAUCCCACGCUUUCCUACGACAAAUCAUAUCCUACACACUCGUAUGACAGAGCCUAUCCUACGCACUCUAACGAUAAAGCGGACCCUACGCAUUCCUACGACAAAGCGUAUCCUACGCAUUCCUACGGCAAGAAAGGGGAAGACAAAAAUAGCGCGACAAAACAGUACGAAUCCACCGACCCUUUCGACUGGGCUCAGUACGUUGCUUCGGCGUACAAAGCCGCGAGCGAGAAGGCAUCGAGCCAGUCUUCUGCUGCGGCUAGGUACGACGCGGCGUCUCAGGGCGGUGACAAUUACGCAGAGACCUCGUCGACGACCACAACUGAGCCAUCGCUGGGGUCUCCGAAAUAUCAAGGAAAUGAGAAGCAAGGAAGUCCUUCUACGUUGGCGUCGGUGACUUCGACGACUUCGAAGACUCCAACCGAGCUGCAAGCGCCAGACCCUCCUGCAACUACAACUUUGUCUUCGGGAAGCCCGAGAUCAAAUAAGAAAAAUUAAUGCCUACCAAAAGACUAUGGAAGGAGUGAAAUGAGUAAAGAAUAAUGCUACCGCCAAGCAGCCACGAUGUGUCCAGGUGCAGUUCGAAAGAAUUUACUGUUUGGAAUGUCUUCUUUGAUAAAGAGCUCAGAGUGAGUCGAUGGAAGAGUGCGGGGUUGGUUUGUGACUUGCAGGGACCGUACGCAAUUACUGACGGGUCAGAUACGCGCCGACGAAUGCAUGGUGUUAAGUCACAGGUUGCAAGUAUUGCGACUUUGAAGUCUCGUAGUACGUCUGAAUGAACCAAAGCCGCGAGCGGCAGCUCCUUUGUUAUUUUAUAAACCAUUAUAUUUUAUGGCGCGUAAGUUAUACCCGUACGUUUUCUCAAUAGAACUUUCAGGACUGUUUUCGUGUACACUGUUAUUUGUAUUGCAGCUGGCCCGACGCAUAUUUUGUUUUUCUUAUGGGUGCUGUGUCUUUUUUCUUUAUGUGAGUGUUGUGUGCGCUGCUUUGACACUUGAACGCAGUAAUUUAGGCUCUCCUGCAAGUACAUCUUUAAUAUAAACGCUCCAAGAAACCAUGGGUUUACAUUGUUGAUCGAACCACACAUGCUUUAGAAAAGUUUUCCCAUUUCCUUUUGUUAUCUCCAAAAUAGGGUGCGUAAGUCAGCGUAUCAACCUGCGUAACAGACGCCCUCCUGAAAUAUCACGAACUAUUCGAACAAAAAAAACAUGUAUUUAAAUGUUACCCGGUAUUAGGUCCAAUCUGCUCAUCCAAAAAAUAUGAAGAGUGUUGUCUUCGCCGGAAACGGACAACAGAAUGUCGGCCUAUGCGGUCGCCACACCCGAAGCCAGUCAAGUCGCUGUUGAACCACUUAUUACGUUCGAGAGGCCUAUUAAACUUCGAUACUUCCGGGCGUUCCCCACUUUCUCCUUUUCUUUUUUUUUCAUGCAUUUGCUUUCUUUCUUUCUCAUUCUUUUCGUUCUUUCACCAUUUUCCCCUAGCGUAGGGCAGCUAACCAGAAGCUACUCUUCCGCUAUACCUUGGAAAUAUCUAGCAGUACCCGUUGUCAUAUGUAGGGAGCUCUUGUAUAUUUACCAGAACGUUUCAUACCAGUCCAGUCAGCGCAAAACACUUUAAAGCGUAAUAGAUCGCAGAAACAAUAAACGGGAUGGGCGUGCGUUGUAAGUGGAAGCAGAAAACACCGAAAACAAAGGGGUCAGGCCUUCGUCUCUUACUUUUUUCCCUCCCUUACCACAUUGUCUGUUCUUGUCUUGGAUAUAUGAGGGACAAAUAAGAGGUGAAGUUCAGUUGGUAGAGCCCGUAUGCUUGCCCCCUUCGUGUUUGAUCCUGCCCUUUCAGAUCCAGGCCACACAUCGUUCAGCACAAAUUCUUGCGCAAUAUCUUGGUAGUCAGGUCACAAUCAUUAGACGAGUAUAUGCGCGGUGCAUAAGUGUGCAAUGACAGGUGCAGACGUAUACGUUUUUGUUUUUGUUUUUUUAUGGCCCAAGCUCC